CGCACGUGUUGCAACACGUUAUGUGGACAAGCUGCAGGACUUGGUGUAUUCGUACAACCAUUCAAAGCAUCGGUCGCAUGGAAUGCGCCCCGUGGAUGUUAAGCACAGCAAUUCCUUAUCGGUCUACAACCGUUUGUAUCCACCAAAGAUUGCGUACCAACCGCGGUACAGUGUGGGGGACGCUGUGCGGAUUGCUAUCAACAAAGGCAAGAUGGAAAAAGGCUACGCGUAUCGAUUUAAGGAGGAAAUUUUCUACGUUGUGCAAGUUAUUCCGCAUUACGUUCCCGUUUAUCGGUUGAAAGACUAUCAAGACAAUCUUAUCAAAGGGACAUUCUACGAACACGAACUUUCCAAAGUUUCUGUACCGGACCAGUAUACCAUCGACCACGUUGUAAAACGUCAAGGGAACAAAGUACUGGUACGUUGGUUAGGAUACGGACCGGAACACGAUUCGUGGAUCAAAGCAUCAUGUAUGAAGGGGCUCCUUUCUACGUGACGUUGCCUAGCGACGUGGCAACAGAAGCAACCAACACAGCCUCUAACUGGACAACCAAACUGAAACACCCCAUCACUCUCAAAGGAAAGUGGGAAAUGGCCCUUGUCGAGCUGCAAUACUUGAACUCGUUUUAUACUUUGCCGGUGGAGAAGAAAAUACAAGUGAAUAUUGUGAAAGAAUUCCGAUUGAAAAAAGACGACACAGGUUUUAUUGAAUCUGUUGAUUACGUCAUCCAUCAAGAUGAAAUUACCAUUCCGCCGGGCAACUUUAAGAAUGCUGAAUUGUUACUGCAAACGAUCAAUUCGCUGGUGCCUAAAGUUGGAGCAUACAUGGUGGAUGAUACGGUUCAUUCCGAUAAAAGCGCUUUGUCCCACGAUCGAGCCUUUACCGUUCAGUUCCUCACCCCAACAAAUCAUCGCGUGCGACUAAACAUUGGAAACGACCGUGUGUCUGUUGUUUUUCCUCCAGGAUCAUCAAUUCUGCAAAAGAUUCUUGGAUUCGACAGCGCUGAAUUCAAACCAGAUGUGCCAGUAGAGAGUCACGGCAAUGCGCGGGGCCCCUUUCCCAUGGAAACCAAGACUAGUCAAAUCAAAUAUCUCUCGUUCUUGACCAAACCGCCCAAUCCCAAACUGAGCACUUUUAUUUCGGAGCGUCCCGUGAACACUUUGUUAGGAAAUCAAAAGGAGAAGUCAAUCAAAUCGUGGAAGCACGGUUCGACAUUCCGCAUUACGUUCCUGUUUUACGACAACAUUUCGAAACCAUUCACCUGACUAUUGCUAAUGAUCUCGGAGACGAUGCCAAAUUCCAAACCGGGAAAUCGUUGGUGAAACUGCAUUUCCGACCCCAAAGACUAUAUUGAAAAUGCCUCUGGUUCCGUACGUACCCGACCCGCGGCGUUAUGAAAGCGUCUUCCUGAACCAAACCGGAGGAAGCGCGCUCAUA